GUAUAGCACCGAACAAAUGUUUGACAUCAUAUCUGAGGUCGAACACUAUUCGGAGUUUUUGCCGUGGUGUCUGAAAUCAGACACAAUACAAACGCACCCAACCAAGGGUAGGCUUUGCCGCUUGACUGUCGGUUUCUUUCCACUUGAGGAGAGCUACGAUUCAUGGGUAACUGUCACUCGGCCAGUACAUGUUAAGUCGGUAGCUACUAACAGCGAUCUCUUCGAACACUUGAUCAAUGAAUGGCAUCUACACCCGGGCCUGGCUAAUAAUAAACAAACGUGCACCGUCGAGUUAUUGGUUGAUUUUAAAUUUCGGUCGAAGCUACAUUCCCGAAUUUCCAGCCUAUUCUUUGAUCAGGUUGUCAAUACAAUGGUAUGUGCCUUUCUUAGUCGCGCCAAUACACUCCACGGACCAGGGUCAAUUCCCAGGCAGUCUCCCAAGAUUUUAGAAUACAUGAAGUAA